GCUUAAAAAGAUAAGCAACGCGUCGAAGUUUUUUGUAUUGAUAAACGAACCGAGAAAUCGUGACAAAUUGCAAAAUUGUUAAGCGCUUAACAUUUGAGCCGCCUUUCAGCUGGUCAGUUGAAUUCAGUCAAAAGCACCACGUUCGUUGAUCAGUUCUCGAUUAUCGCCGCAUUAGUAUUAACUGCUUUUAAGUAUACGUUUAAAUGGUGCGGAAUUCGUGGAACGUGCCCCACCUGCUGACCCUGAAUCCUGCCACUCAGGGAGCAUCCAGUUCGCGUUGUCGUCUAUGGGGCUCGGUUCGGCUAACCUACACAAUAUGUGCCUUUUUAUCUAAUAUUCUACAAAUGGCUUUGCGUAAUAUGCUGGGAUUGGUCAUACUGCGUAUGGUCAAGGCGCGUCCAGAAGAUGCACUCCUGUAUUCCGCGGAAUAUCAGUUGAAUAAUCUGACUGCAACGCCAAAUUGUGGAAACGUUGUAUUUGAGCAUUCUUCCACUUUCGAUAUUGGUCAGGCAAGUUCAGGCGAUCUACCAUGGACGCGUAAACAGGAGCUGACGUUUCCCGGCACGUUUUAUUAUGGCUACGUUAUAGCAUUGCCAUUGGCGGGACAUUUGGCGGACAGAUUUGGAGGAAAGAUGCUGUUUAUCAACUCCUUGACGCUUCAAGGGUUGGCAUUCAUAAUUCUUCCUUUUAUUGCCCAACAUAGUUAUGUCGCUGCAGUUAUAACUCUGGUGCUAUCAGGCAUGUUUGCGGGCUGUGGUGCUCCACCUCUAUACCAGCUGUUUGUAGUCUGGGCACAUCCCAUGGAACGCACAUCGAUGCUCUCAUUUGCCUAUAGCGGCAUGAUCUUGGGCUCCAUUUGCAUAUAUCCGCUGGCAAAUUUCUUAAGCGACUUUGGAUGGAAAGUUCCAUUCUAUGUGCUUGGCGGUGUAACACUCUUAUACGGCACUUGUUGCAACUGGCUCAUCUAUAAUAGCUUGGAUCAGCAUCCGCGUCUGACGCAAGAUGAGCGUGCAUAUUUACAGCCAACGGGAACUAGCCAAACGCCACAGCAUUUUAGAACCCCUUGGAAAUCGUUGUUGACCUCUAUGCCGGUCUAUGCUUUUGUGCUUACACAUGUCUUUCACAAUUAUGGAUUCCUAAUGCUGUCACUAAAUGUUCCACGAUUUAUGCGCGAAGCUAUGCAGUUCAAUAUGAAGGAGAUUGGUUUUUUCUCAUCUGCCCCAUUUCUCGGAAGUUUUUUCUCCAAGCUGUUUUGUGUUUUCAGUUGCUCUUAUGUUGAGAGACGAAUGUUCUUGAAGCUCAGUUACCUACGUCGAAUUUUGUAUACUAUUUGUUGCAGUGUUACUAUCGUUUUGAUAGGCAUCAUAAUCCUUGCCAGCUGUGAGCAAAAGUUGCUCGUUUUACUGAUGUACUUCCUGUUGGGUGUUACCACCGACUUGGGCUUUAGUGGUGGAUACUGGCCGACAUUAUUGUACUUUGCGCCUUCUUUUGCUGGACUCAUUUCGGGUCUAGCCAACUGUUUGGCGCAUGUCUCCGGAUUCCUGGCUCCCCAUCUCAUUGCCGCUCUGGUGCACUCCGGCAUCAAGUCGGAGUGGAAUUGUGUUCUCUUAACUCUGAUAUUUUUUAAUGCACUUGCCCUGAUUGUAUUUGGUGUUUGCAGUAGUUCAAAACUGCAAUCGUGGGAUCCUCGCAGUCACAACUCAACAUCACCAUCAGAUCCGAGCGAUCCCAAUAAAAAAACUUCAAAUACUUGUCCUAAUCGAUAAUUUAUUUUAAAUAUGAAUCGAAUUUGUAAACUUAUUUAUCAAUUUUAAUCUAUUGUACUGUUGUUGUAUGUUUUAUUAAUAAAGAUAAAGCCUUAAAAUAGCGAAAACCCAA